AUGGCAAAGCUAAAAUCGGAUGUUCGCGUUCGUAUAGCUGCUCUGGAGCAUGCGAUGGCCGAUUUUGGACCGUCCAGUCAACAUUUCCUGAUGAACAGUGUUCAGGCUCCUUGGCAACGAGCCAUCUCCCACGAAACAGAAGUAACCCAGUGGGAUCAUCCGGCAAUGGUGGAAAUCAUGGAGGAAUUGUCAACAUUCAAUCAAGUUAAAUUUAGCGCUUACCGGACAGCAAUGAAACUGCGUGCCAUCCAGAAACGCUUGUGCCUGGAUCUGCUAACUCUGGAAGAUGUGAAUAGCAAGCUGCAGACGCUCAACGCUGUAUGGGGUGAGCAAUGCCUAUCAAUGAAAGAUGCUGUGAUGUGUUUGGUACCAUUAUUUGAAGCAGCCCAGGAGAAAUAUCCAAAACUGAUCCAUUCCAUACCGCUGGCCGUUGAUCUACUGCUCAAUUUUGUUUUAAAUGUAUUUGAUCCAGCCCGUGAUGGUAUUUUGCGAACAUUUUCUUUCCGUGUUCUCCUCGCUGCACUCUGCAAUUCAGAAUUGGAAGAUAAAUACCGAUCAGUCUUGUUACCAUUCGAACGAGAACUGGUUCUCUUAUUGAUGAACUGGACUAGUGACUCAAAGCUGAGGCUGUGUACCAAUAGAUUUGCUGGUCAAGAGAGAGUCAAGAAGUUUUUUUUUUUUCUCACGAAUUUUCAGAUCCCAAAAUUUUUCGGUGAAGCAGCAGCAUUCGGUGGUUCAAACGUUGAGCCCUCCGUGAGAUCUUGCUUUGAAUCCGCGAAAUAUCCGCGGACAAUUGUGAUUGAUGAAUUCUUGAACUGGUUAAAAAAGGAGCCGCAAAGUAUCGUUUGGCUACCUGUAAUGCAUCGUCUUGGAAGUGCCGAAUUUGCCAAACAUCAGGCAAAAUGUAAUGUAUGUAAAAUGUUCCCAAUAAUUGGAUUACGAUAUCGUUGUUUGCGAUGCUUCAACGUGGAUGUUUGUCAGAAUUGCUUCUUCAGUCAAAGGCUGGCCAAGAACCACAAAUUAUCACAUCCAAUGCAGGAAUAUUGCGUGCCAACAACAUCAGGUGAGGAUGUGCGUGAUUUCGGUCUUAUUGUGAGGAAUAAAUUACGAGCGAGAAGCAAAACUAAAAUCGGUUAUCUGCCAGUGCAAACAGUCGAUGAGGGGCCACCGCUGGAAACGAGCAGUAUUACGCCGGUAAAUCCGAUCACUGAACCAAUUCACAAUCGUAUGCAGUUGUGUGCUCGGAGGUUAUGGCGUGCACGUGGCGACGAUGGUACACCAAGUGCUCACUUUCAUGAUCGCAAUGAGGAGAUGCGCGCGAGCACUGUGGAUCUGAAAUCGCCUCUGCAGCUAUUAUCACAAGUUGAACAAAUGCACAAGGAAGAGCUGGAUCAGGUUUUGCACAAACUGCAACAUGAAAAUAGAGAGCUGAAGAAAGAAAUUGAAAGGCGAAAGAAGUUCGAUGGUGGCAUUGGCUCAGCACCAAAUUUAGUGCAUGGCAGUGGUGCAUCGACAUCGCGAAGUGGUACCGACAAUAUGGGCACCGGCCGAUCAGUUCCCUCACUACCGAACUCUGGCGACGAGCAGUUGUUGAGAGAGGCGUAUUUGCUGCGGCAGCACAAGGAACGGUUGGAACAACGAAGUCGAAUACUGGAAGAGCAAAAUCGGCAGCUCGAAACGCAGCUUACACGAUUGCGAACAAUCAUUGCACAGGUGGGUUGCGACCCUAAUCAGGAUGAGGUGAAUUAUUCCUAUGAAAAAUAUUGUCGUUUCCUGAAUUUUCAGCAACAUAAUGCUGCAAACGAAGGCAAGGAGAGUGGUCAGGAGGAGCACGAAUCGAGCGUUGCAUCCGGAGAGGAAGAUGAAGGGAUCGAGUAUGAUACAAGGCCUAAUCGUAUGAAUUCGUUGAUUGCAUCCGUGGAUCAGCUUGGCCGCGCAAUGCAGUCUUUCGUUGUUUCGGUUGUUAACGAAAAUGGCGAUGACAGUAACGACGAAGACGAUGAGGUGACCAUCACUGGCAAUUAA